AUGCAUAGUAAGAUGAAGUACUCUACGAAUUUUCUCAUUCGGUCGCUACUAUACUUCACACUUGUCACUUCCACAGUCGCUACGUGGUCACUGUCGGGCUGGGAUGGCCUGGCGUGCGGUGACGUCCCCCAGACCGCCCAACAGUUUGUGUGGGAACAGGAAGCAGAUGUGAUUAAGGGAUGCGUUACCUUGGACCCGGGCCCAAAGGCCUACUCUAUGAUGGCCGAGACAGAUACGAGUGACAUCGAAAUCUGGGGCUAUGCACUCCCAGGGUGCGGCGGCGCUCGAAAAAGGGUCGAGCGAACCUGCACCAACCCUGACAUCUCGUUUCCAUACUUUGCUUCCUACGAAGUUGUUUUCAUAGAAUAG